AUGACUCGUCCAGUCCCAGUUCCCAAGGAAAUGGUACAUCCUUUAGAUAUCAAGUCUGUUUGGGAAGGCAUGGAAGAGUGUCAAAGUCUUGGCCUCGCCAAGGCCAUCGGUGUCAGUAACUUCUCUUGCAACAAACUUGAGGAGCUCCUCUCAGUGGCCAAAAUCCCCCCUGCCAUCAAUCAGGUGGAGCUGAGCCCACUUUGGCAACAAAAGAAACUGAGGGGGUUUUGUAAGGCAAAGGGAAUUCAUAUCACUGCUCACUCUACUUUGGGUGCAAAUGGAACUACGUGGGGAGACAACAGAAUUCUUAAGUGUGAUGUACUGGAGGCUAUUGCCAAAGCCAAAGGCAAAACAGCAGGCCAGGUCUGGGUGUACGAACAAAGGGCGAAUUUUGUAGCAAAGAGCUUCAACAAGGAAAGAAUGAGGCAAAACCUUGAGAUAUUUGAUUGGUCACUGACGGAGGAAGAAUCAAACAUGAUCAGCCAACUUCCCCAAUGCAAAGGCCACUCGUUUGCUCGAUGCAGGCCUCCAUGA